GAUUCUGGCAACACGACACGGUUGUUGUUCUUUCUUUCUUUCUUUCUUUCUUAGCAGACGCCCUUAUCCUCAUAUUUGUUCUGUUGCCAAACCCUGCCUCGUUGCGCAGUGUUUGUGAACUCAUUUCAUAACUCCACUAGUCUGACUUCCUGCAGUUUUCAGUUUAGUUUCUCUUGCUUUCUCCCUGACGGACAGCAGCGAUGGCGACAGCGGCGUCUCCAGAGGAGAAGUUCUCCUGCUCCGUGUGUCUGGACCUCUUCACCGAGCCCGCAACCAUUCCGUGAGGACACAGCUUCUGCCUGGACUGUAUCGGGAGCUACUGGGACCAGAGUGACCAAACCGGCGUGUACAACUGCCCCCAGUGCCGGGAGACUUUCACUCCCAGGCCCGUUCUGCGCAAAAGCAACGUCCUUAACGAACUGGUGGAGGAAUUGAAGAAAACGAGAAGACUCGACUCGAAAAGAAGACACUACUCUUUAUUUACACUUCAAUCCAAACUGCAGCCGAGGGGGAAAUACCUUUUUAAACUUCUAUUACAGCCUAGUUGUCUACAAAGCUCUGUUUGGCAUAUCCAAUUAUUUUUAGGCUCAGCUCACCGCUAUCACCCCUGCGCUGACUCGGGAGGGUGAAGACGAACACACACUGUCCUCCGAAGCGUGUGCCGUCAGCUGACCGCUUUUUUUCACACUGCGGACUCACCGUGCAGCCACCCAAGAGCUACAGCGUCGGAGGACAACGCAGCUCUCGGGCAGCUUACAGGCAAGCCCGCAGGUGCCCGGCCAGACUACAGGGGUCGCUGGUGUGCGGUGAGCCGAGGACACCCUGGCCGACCUAAACCCUUCCCCAAUUCCUGUAUUUGUAAAUUUUAAAUUGUUUUUAUGCAAAAUGCCCCGUCUGUUUUCUCUCUACACUUCUGCAUUUGUUGGAAGAAAUGCGUGACUUUUGUUGAAUUGCUUUCUGAUUUUGUUUUAAAUUAGAACCCAGUUUUGUUUUUCAAAAGCAUAACCUGUGUUUGGACUUGUUUUGCCAUACUUACUGGUCUGGAUUGUGAAAUAAUUUACAUGCAUUUUUGGUUUUAAUUGUAUUUUAUUUAAUUAGUUUAACAGCAGUGUUCCAUGAACAGUAAUUGGUUGAACUCGAGGCCCUCCUCCUUCCCCGUGUGCCUUCUGAGCCAGUGAUCGAGGCUUGUUUAUUUAUUUAUUUUUAAUGACCCGCUUACAUUUUUUUGUAACUUGAAGUCCUAUUUGUUCAUUUUAAAAUACAGAAUAACAUGUAUGGGCUGCAUUGUUUACAAAUCAGAUGUAGGCUUACUGAAAUCUGUGAUAGAAAUCAGGCACGUCCAUCACAUUGGUAGGUAAGAAUUUUAAAAAAACAAAUAUUUUCAAUUAACAUCAGUAAGUACUUAAGCCUAAUAAUUAAAAAAUACCAAUUAUUUUCUGUUUUCAUAGGUAUAUUAUGACCCUGUCUCAGAUGGGGGUACGCGGUAGACUAGAUUUUUUGGAAAGGGGUAAGGAGCCUAAAAAGUUUGAAAACCACUGGCAUGAUACAUUAUAUACAAGGUUAGGAUGUGAAAAGAAAACUCAUUGGAUGCGUAAAAGUAAAAUAGUAGCAGCAACACAGCAGCUAAUAGCAGAUAUCAGGGUUAAAGAGCAUGGAAAGCAAGAGAGAACAGGUGGGUCUUGAGAGCUGAUUGAAAGCGAGCGACGGUGGGAGCAUCACGCACCGAAGCUGGAAGUACCAUUGGCAUUUAAAAAUGGAAUCCCCAGCUCCCGCUCCUGUCUCUGCUGAGCUCGGAGACGUGCCUUGUGAUUUCUGCCCCAGCGAGAUAAAGCGCGGAGCGGUCAGGUCGUGUUUGACGUGCCGGGGCUCGUACUGCGAAGAGCACCUGCAGCCACACUACGAGACCGCGGGGUUGAAGAGGCACGCGCUGGUCCAGCCUCUCAGAGAUUUGGAGCAGAAGCUUUGCAAACAGCACCAGAGAUUGCUGGAGCUUUACUGUAGAACCGAUCAGAGCUGUAUCUGCAUGACCUGUGCUCUCAAAGAUCAUCAGAAUCACGCUGCUAUCCUAGCAGAGGAGGGGAGAGUGGAGAAACAGAAUGAGCUGAGGGAAAUACAGGCGGAAAUAGAAAAUCUCAUUGAGGAGAGACUGAUAGAGCUGGAGAGACUGAAUCAGGCUGUGGAGUCUCUUAAGCUCUCGGCACACAAGGAAAGGGCUAAAAGCGAUCAGGUCCUGUCUGAGCUGAUCCACUCCAUUGAGAGAAUCAGGACGGAGGUGGGAGAGCUGAUUGGAGCUAAAGAGAAGGCUGCAGUGAGUCGGGCCGACGAGCAAAGGGAACAACUGGAGCAGGAGAUCCAGGAGCUGAGAAAGAGGAAGGCUGAGAUGGAGCAGCUUUCUGAGACAGAGGAUCACAUCCACUUUCUGCAGAGUUUCCAGUCUGUCUGUGCCCCUCCUGCUGCUCAGCAGCUCUUUGAUAACAUAGACGACUCUUUCUGGACUCUGAGGAAAGCUGUGUCACGACUCAAAGACCACCUCGAGGGAUUCUGGGAAGUGGAGUUGAUGAAAGCAACUAUCGCAGUUGAUGUGACUCUGGACCCUGAUACAGCACACCCCGCGCUCAUCCUCACUGAGGAUGGGAAGGAAGCCAGACCUGGAGAUAAACGACAGUCUCUCCCUGACAAUCGAAAGAGAUUUGAUCAGUCAGUCUUUGUCCUGGGCAGGGGGGGGUUCAGCUCAGGGAAACACUACUGGGAGGUGGAGGUGGGGGAGAAGAUAAUCUGGAGAUUUGGAGUCACCAGAGAGUCUUCUCAGAGGAAGGGGGAUAUCACUGUGAACCCCCAGAAGGGAUUCUGGACUGUUAGGUGGGAUGGUGAGGGCAAUCAGUUCUAUGCUGCGACUGAACCUGUGACCCCCCUCCCCCUGAGCCUGAAGCCUCAGAAGCUGGGGGUGUAUCUGGAUUAUGAGGAAGGGCAGCUCUCAUUUUACAAUGUGGAGACCAGAUCUCACAUCUACACUUUCACUGACACCUUCACUGAGAAGCUCUAUCCUUUGUUUUGUCCUGGUAUUUAUUACUCUGGAAAAAAUGCCGCUCCACUGAUCAUCUGCCCGCACACAUACACAGAUUAAAUUCACAAACUUCAAAUUCAUUUCUCCGUAUUAUGUGAAAUGGAAACAAAUAUAACACUGAUGUAACAAAACUGUGAAUUAAGAACUGAAGAAUUUAAUUCAAGUGGUUUUAAUGUGUUCUUUUCAUCUUAGAACUUAACCUGAGGAUCCAUUUAGUUCUGUAUAGAACACAUAAAAAGUAAUACUGUGGGGCAAAACUGCUUGCUAUCUUCUUAGUUACUUGCUUCAAAUUAUUUUUUAUUUCUCACUGUACCCUUACCUUUGUCUGAUGUUUGAAAUAAUUUGGAAUGGUUCUUAUUACAAUUUCCCCUCAGACUAUGACAGACACUUAUUACAAUUUCUAAAUAUAUAUUUUUUGAUAUAAGGUCCUCAGACUAUGACAGGGGUGUUCAAUCAUGGUCCUGGAGGGCCAUUCCACUCCAGGUGGAAUUAGACAAUGAACGACUUCAGGAACUGGAUGGAGGUUUAAUUGGUUCAAUUAAACAAUUUAGAACAGGGUUGGAACAAAGACCAGGAGUGGAAGGGUCAGCUUUGUCCUCCGUGGCUAUGAGUUCAGGAGUUGCUCUUCAGUUCCAGUUGCCUGUCGUAGUCCUAUCUAACACAAGCUUGAUCAGUGUUUCCCAAACUUUUUGAUUGGCGACCCAAAUGAACACAGGAAUAAUGAAACCACGACCCAAAAUUAUUCACUAUUUGUUAUUUUAACUGAAAUACUUCUUAACCAAUCAAAAAGUGACGUUUAAUUUAUUUGACACUAUACUGCACUAUAUAAACAUUCAGGGUGAUAGUUUUACAGCUUGGUAAAAUGUUUGCUUUUAUCAAAUUACUUGUUAUAUAAAAAAAAAAAAAAAAAAAGGUAUUAAACUAACAUAUUGUAACGACGAGGCAGACGAACCUGGGGGGGUGGGGGGAGGGUGCCACUUCUAGAAACAUUCUCUCACAUGACAGCCAGCUUAGGAUUUAGAGUUAAGGGUCCCCUUCGCGCGGACAACGGGACUGCAGGCGAUCGCAAACAUGAAUUUACAGGAGAGCCCUUUUUUGUGGGGAUUAAUGGACUAUGUGGGUGCAUUGAGAUAACGGCGUGGUGGGACAGGAAUGCGUGCCUGUGAUUGGGGGAGCGCGCACGACGGAGCGAAAUGGAAGAGGGAGGGGCUGGGUGAAGUGUGAGUUUUGGGGCUGUGGGAGAGAACCUGCUUUUUUUAAUUACUGAGUCAGACACGCAGAAACUGUUUAUUAAACCCUUUAUUUAUCCUGUGUUCGUUAUUGUUUACUGCAUUAAUCAGUGGCGGCUCGUGACUUUUUUGACAGGUGGGGCACAAAUCACAAAAUAGUUAUUACCACACCCCCCCCCCCCCCCCCCCCCCCCCCCAAUGGCUAACGUACUAAAAGUACAUUUACUUUGUUCAGCUGACUGCAUAUAUGCCUCCGCUGAGAGCAUUUUAAUGCUUCAAAUAAUAGACUGCAGUCGCUAUGCAAAAUAUACCCCCAUCAAUUAAAAACAUUAGCACUGCAAACAGCACACAACUUACAGAAUUGCGGAUGCAAUUUUUUAUAAUCAACUGGCAAAUCACAGAACCUUAAAACCACGUAGUAUUUCAUUCUACAAGUCAUUGUGUGACACCAGAGUGGAACAUUCGCUAUAAACAAAUACAAUAUCACAAAAUCAUUACUUCAAAACGAACAAGGCAGCUUGUCAUGUCGUGGCAUGAAAUUGACAGUUUUAGUCCAUUAAAAGAGAUGUAACCUUGUCUUAUUUAGCUGAAAGAAGCAAACACGACCGACAUUAGUUUGUUCACAGCACUGCCUUCCAAAUAUGGCCUCCUUGCCGCGUUCGUUUACCAUCUUUCUUCAUACUCUCCAGUGCUGGUGUUAUUCUGCCGUCCUUAACAAUUGAACGUCUCCCUUCUUGGGAUCUUACUGUAAAACCUAUUUUCCUCACGUCUCGUAUAAUAUCAGAUUCAACUAAAGCCAUUAAAAUCGCACAAAUUCGAACUGCUCCAAAUCCAGUAGUUGCCUCAUCGAGCGUAUUGUGGUUACCAUAGCAACGCCUUCAGUGACUCCCCAGCAAUGGUGUUGCCAUGGUGACAAGCAGCUUUGUGAGGCACUCAAUGUUUGUGCCUCACGCGGCAGUACUACAUUGUUCCAGCUUUUUGCGUUGCGGUUUCGGUGCUGGAGAAAGCGAGUUGAGACUUUUAAAUAAUGUCACGAGCGCUUCUGUGGACUUAAAUGUAUUUAAUAUGCUUAAAUAUGUUUAUAUUUCUCAAUUAAAUAAUACGAAUAUGCAAAGUGUUUUUUUAGCCUUUGGGAAUUAUUGGUGAGGUCGUGCCCCGCUUGCCUCGGCUGACCAGCCUCCACUGCUGCAUUUAUUUGAUUGCUCAUUCUUGAAAAAUAAACCGUGCAUUUGA